AGGAUCGUCUGCUCGGAGCCGGAGGACCGAUCACUGUCUGCGGAACAAGUUGAUCAAGUUCUCAUCGGUCAGUAUUGAGGCAGUCACUAGGGGUGAACGCGACCGACAAUUUCCCAUCGUUAGACCUGCGGUGAGAGAUUUAUUUGAAGAAGAACCCCAACCGGAAGCAAACCACUACUGAAGACGAGGGAACAGCAACAAGUGAACCAGCCCGAGGACUGAGAGCAUCAACUGGAGAGGACUCUUCCGAAUCGAAGAUUCCAGGAUCCAGUCAGGAGAAAGUUUGGUUAAAAACGAAAAGGAAUUUGUCUCCAGGAAUCUCAAACACGAUACGCCAGUUUUGCUGUCUCUAUCCAGAUAUUUAUAUAGUGGAGUCGACCGUCCUUCCUGCUCAGACUGAGGGGAGGGAUCAACUAGGUCAUCUGACCAACUGGCACGCCCGUCAUUUUCGACAGGAGAAAGACCGUUCACCUGCUCACUCAGUGGGAAUGGAUUCACUCGGUCACCUCAAUUGAAGCUACAUCAGCAAUUUCACACUGGGAAAGAACAUUCAACUGCUCUGUGUGUGAGAAGGGAUUCAGUCGGUCAUUCCACCUGUGGACACACCAGUCAGUUUCCAUUGGGCAGAGGAUGGUCAUCUGCUGAAUUUUUGGGGAAGGAUUUACUCGGUCAUCUCACCUAAUGGCGCUCCAGCGAGUUCACACUGGGGAGCAGCCGUUCACCUGCUCGGACUGUGGGAAGGGAUUCACUAAACCAAUUCCCCUACCGAGACAUCAGUCAACUGACGCUGGCGAGCGGCCAUUCACCUGCUUAGACUGUGGGAAGGGAUUGACUUUGACAUCUCACCUACUGACACACCAGCCAGUUCACACUGGGGAGAAGCCGUUCAUCUGCUCAGUCUGUGGGAAGGGAUUCACUCAGUCAUCCAAACUAGAAAGUCAUCAGCGAGUUCACACUGGGGAGAAGCCGUUCACCUGCUCGGACUGUGGGAAGGGAUUCACUCACUCAUCCACCCUAGUGAGUCAUCAGCGAGUUCACACUGGGGAGAGGCCAUUCACCUGCUCGACUUGUGGGAAGGGAUUCACUCAGUCAUCCAACCUACAGAGACAUCAGCGAGUUCACUCCGGAGAGAGGCCGUUCAUCUGCUCAGACUGUGGGAAGAGAUUCAUUGUUUCAUACAAACUGCAGAGUCAUCAACGAGUUCACACUGGGGAGAAGCCGUUCACCUGCUCAGUCUGUGGGAAGAGAUUCACUCACACAUCCCAUUUACAGAGACACCAGCGAGUUCACACUGGGGAGAGGUCAUUCACCUGCUCAGAAUGUGGAAAGGGAUUCACUCACACAUCCCAUCUACAGAGACACCAGCGAGUUCACACUGGGGAGAAGCCGUUCACCUGCUCCGUCUGUGGGAAGGGAUUCAAUCGGUCAUCCACCCUAAAGAUUCAUCAGCGUGUUCACACUGGAGAGAGGCCGUUCACCUGCUCAGAAUGUGGGAAGAGAUUCACUCUGUCAUGUAACCUGCAGACACAUCAGCGAGUUCACACAGGCGAGAAGCCAUUCACCUGCUCCGUCUGUGGGAAGAGAUUCAGUAAGUCAUCCAACUUACUGGUACAUCAUCGAGCUCACACUGGUGAGAAGCCGUUCACCUGCUCAUUCUGUGGGAAGAGAUUCACUGAGUCAUCCCGCCUACAGAAUCAUCAGCGAGUUCACAUUGGGGAGAAGCCAUUCACCUGCUCAGUCUGUGGGAAGAGAUUCACUGAGUCAUCCCGCCUACAGAGUCAUCAGCGAGUUCACACUGGGGAGAAGCCAUUCACCUGCUCAGAAUGUGGGAAGAGAUUUACUCAGUCAUCCCACCUACAGAGACAUCAGCGAAUUCACACUAGGGAUAAGCCCUUCACCUGCUCCGUCUGUGGUAAGAGAUUCUCUAAGUCAUUCAACUUACUGGUACAUCAGCGAGUUCACACUGGGGAGAAGCCGUUCACCUGCUCAGAAUGUGGGAAGAGAUUCACUGAGUCAUCUCACCUACAGAGUCAUCAGCGAGUUCACACUGGGGAGAAGCCGUUCACCUGCUCAGAAUGUUGGAAGGAAUUCACUCAGUCAUCCCACCUGCAGAGACAUCAGCGAGUUCACACUGGGGAGAAGCCGUUCACCUGCUCAGAAUGUGGGAAGAGAUUCACUCAGACGUCCCACUUACAGAGACAUCAGCGAGUUCACACUGGGGAGAGGCCAUUCACCUGCUCGGAAUGUGGGAAGGGAUUCAUUCAGUCAUCCAGCCUUCAUAGUCAUCAGCGAGUUCACACAGGGGAGAGGCCGUUCAGCUGCUAAGAAUGUGCGAACGGAUACAUUCAGUCAUCCCAACUACUGGCACAUCAGUCAGUUCACAAUGGGGAGUGGUUGUUGUUAAGUAUCCCUAGGUAUCGUUUGCUGUGGACUGUUAUUUUAUAUGAGAGAGAGAGAGAAGAGAGAAGAGAGAGAGAGAGAGAGAGAGAGAGAGAGAGAGAGAGAGAGAGAGAGAGAGAGAGAGAGAGAGAGAGAGAGAGAGAGAGAGAGAGAGAGAGAGAGAGAGACUGAGA